AUGGCCAGCACAAAGCAGAUCGAGACGUCGCUCCUAACCGAGCACUUCCGCUACACGCCUCUGUCCCUCAUCGACCACAUCAUCAACGCGAUCAACGAGCUGAUCAGCCACGCCGUCGACGCCGUCGAACGAGGCCUGAAUGACGCGCCGCCCUCGAUCCUGGGCUUCGUCGCUAGAGCCGAGGCCGAAAACACCAUCCCCGACACGGAUGGCGACGGCAAUCUGCUGUUCCCCGAAAUGCGGGCUGAGAUCGAGGAGGGCGUGCAUCAGCUCGAGACGCUGCUCGAGUCGACGGUCGACAAGAACUUUGACAAGCUCGAGAUUUACUUGCUGCGAAACGUCUUGACGGUGCCCGAGGACUUGGUGCCGUGGGUCAAGUUGGCGCAUUAUGAGAACCUCGAACUCUCCCAACCCACCACCGCCUCUGCUAAGCCCACACCCACACCCGAAUCCGUCCAGGCCCUCCGCCGCAAAGUCCACGAAACCAACAAACUGCACACGGCGCUGCUGACGGAAAAAGCGCGCAACGACGCGCUGCUCACGCACCUCCGCUCGCUACUAGGCAGCGGCCCGCAGCCCAAAGCCGAGCCCGCCUCUUCUCCAGCCCCAGACGACGCUUCCGCACAGCACCAACCGUCCUUCGCCUUCCUAGCCAACACCCCCGCCGCGCAAACCCUAGGAAUCUCACUGCAGGCCCAAAGCGGCAGCAACCCAGCAGCAACAGCCGCCGCCGCCGCCGCCACGCCCAUCCAAACAAACACAGCCUUCACGCUCUCGCAGCUCCCAGCGCUGCGCCGGCUCCUCGAGUCCCUGCGCCCGAAAAUCGCCGCCUUGUCCGCCGCCGCCGCAGCGUCGUCCGAAGGCGCAGAAGGCGCCGAAGUGCCAGAGAAUGCGUCGGCGCGCGCGCGCCGCGACUACGUCGAGACGCAGACGCGGCGCCUGCUCGAGAAGCGCGGCGUCGACGUCAGGAGCGGCGAAGGUGGCGACGGCGAGGGCUUGGGCCGCCGCGUCGGCCAGGACGAGAUCAGGGGCAUGGAGGCUGUGGCGGAGUUGUUGGGGAAGCCGGCGGAGGAGCGGGUCGAGAGGGCUGCGGAGGCGGAUCGUAUGGAUGUGUCGUAG